AUGAUUAUCAGGACACCCACAAGAACGAAGACUAAAUCGUUCAAUGGCACUCAAGUUGAUUUCAAAUUUCCUUCCACUGAGAGUCUACCUAGAGAUUCGAUUGAAGAAGUGGAACUAAAUAAUCACCAUUUAUUAAAUGUAACGCUAAAAAAAGGUAGGGAGCCAUCUGCAUCUGAAUUGUCCCACCAGGAGGAUAGUGAUAAUGUCUCUCAAAUCUUAUCAGACUAUACAUCUGCUUCAAAUACAAAUUCUAACGCAUAUACCAACUCAUCAAACGGUUAUUAUUCAUUUGCUAAUAUAUCAGAUAAUACAACAUCUCCAAGAUUCUUUGCAGAGAACAAAGAUGGUCCAAUAUCUAAUUUGAAUUUGGGAUCGCCAGGUAGAUUAGGAAACUAUCCAACUACCUUAGCACCAGACAAGACAAACUCGGCAAUAUCGUCUCCAUCAUUGAUUGACAAACCAUCCAGUAAUUCUUUGAGAAGUUCCAUCACAUCCAAGAGUAAAUCAGUUACCCAUUCUCAAAUGGCUUCAAUUCCAGAAAAUAAAUCUGUCUCUGCACACACCGUUAAUGCAUCGAUACCGACAGCUGAUAAUAUAUCAUAUGAAAUUAUAUCUGCCACAUCGAAUAUAUCACAAGGACAACCACGUAUAGUAUCAACGGUGAGUUCUAGCAGUGGAUCCGACUCGUCGAUGGAUUCAUCAUCUGCAUUAACCAAACAACCCACUGUGAAAAAACAUCCAAUGACUGUAAAUAGAAUUCCUUCGAUUAAAAAUGUAAAACCUACAAGAGGUAUAACAAGAUUAUCGAAUGUAUCGAGAACGUCGUCAUUGAGUUCAAAGAGAAGUCGGACUUCUCAAUUGAAGAGAUCUAACGCCAUCCGCUGCAAAGGUGGUCUACUUGCAUAUUUCGCAUCCAUUGGUAUAAAGAUGAAAAGAACAUUGAAAAAGAUUAGAAUUGUCAUCAGGAGGAAAUUAUUUUCAUUUAAUGGUUCUCAUUCAGUUACUACCCGCUCUUCUUCAAUCAAUCACAAGAUCCCUGGUUCCAAAACUAGAGUCCAUAGCAUUAGUAAUCAGGACAAAAAAACUAUGAAGAAGAACAUGAAGGGUAAACAUAAUAUAGCUUAUUCGAAUUCUAUUAAUAAUGGGUUGACCACCUCACACUUAAAGCGUACAGAUGGAUACGUGACAAAUUUACGUAGAACCAUUUCACAGUCUAAAUCUCAUUCAUUGUCAUUGUCACCUAAGCCAAUUACAAAAUUAACACCACCUGGGUCUAUGUCAGAGACUAUUACCGAUAAAAACGACAAUAAAAUGACCAACCGUACUACAACAUUGAGAAGAACAAAUUCUUCGAUAAGAAGAGCAGCCUCUAUCUUAACGGCCACACCAAAUGCAAACAGGUUAUCUACAGGUUAUCAACCUGACUCAAGAAAUACACCAAAUGGAUCUAAUUUUGGGGAGACACCUUCAUCACACUUGACUAGAUCUAAUGGUAUGUCGUCUUUGAAUUCUGUCAUCAGAGAACCUUCAAUUGUGGUGAAGAAUAAAGUCAUUCCAUUAUCCAUGGGUCAAUAUCCAAUUAAGGAAGAAGAUGAAUACAUCAUUGAUACCAAUUCCAUGUACAAGCGUAAUUCCACAACUAGUAUUGAUACUGAUAAUUCUUCGUUUUUCGAAGCUAACCAUGAAAAAUCUUCAAUUUAUUCUGAGAGUGAAAAUGAUGAUGAAAGUGAGGAUGAUGAUGAUGACGAUGAUGACUUUGAUUAUGAAGAAGUCAAUCAAAAUGAAACUUUGGAUAUAUCAAAGAUGACUGCGACACAAUUAAGUGAUCUAUUUAGUCAUUACUAUAAGAAUAUCAUUAGUAGAAGAAUUAUGAUGAGAUUACAAAUGGGUCAAUAUCAGGAUUCCAAUAACUUGAAUGAGGUGAAUAACGAAUAUAUGCAUUUGCUAGAGAAUUUUGUUAGUGAAUACGAUUCCGAAUCUUCUGAAAUAUUUGAUCAAGAAUCUAAUAAUGAUAGAAGAUCAACUGAAAGCUCGGAAGAUGAUUCAAACUCCCAAUUCUCUUUCAACGCUAUGGAUGGAGAACACGAAAAGGAAGAAGAGAUGGAUAUCAUAACCUCAUUACAAACAGAGCACAAGAAUGGUCUACAAGUACAAAUCGAAACGCCUUUUGCAAUAUAUUCUGCUAGUCAGAACGCAAGUUUGUUAUCCAUCCCGAUCGUUGCAAUCAGACGGUCUCUAACUUUGCCAAUCGGUAUAACCAUCUAG